AUGGAAAGAAUCUUCUACAAAUCAGAUGUCACUGAUAUACCCACAAACUUACCCGUCUACACCUUCGAUACCUCAUACUUACCUUCCACUGAGAUCAUAGAUUAUGAUGAAUUCAUCCCUACUUUAAUGUCAUUUGUCCCGCAACAUCCUUACGUCCUAAUCAUGUUUAAUUGUGGUUUAAAUAAGAUUAGUUGGAUUUGGGGGAUUAAAUUCUUAAAAUCUUUCUUAGCUGAUAAUAAUAAUCUUCACAAUCUACAUAAAUUAAUCACGGUUCAUGAUAGUUGGUUUAUAAAAUCAAUGACUCAAAUAUUAUCCACUACAAAAGGAAAUUUCUUAACUCUUAAUUUAUUAUUUGAUUAUUUCACCAUGGAAUCUCCUUCAAUCAGUUCUGAUUCAUCUAACAAUAUCAUGAUCCAUUGUAAUUCAUUAUCUGAUUUAAGUCAUUAUAUCGAUAUCACAAAAUUAAAAAUAUCCUUAAAUAUUUGGAAACAUAAUUUACAAAUUGAACAUUCAAUCCAAUUAUCAAAACGAUUCAUUCCAUUAUUAAAUCCAUUAACUACGUUCAAUAUCCAUUCUAAUCCUACUUUUCAUCAUCAUUUUUAUCAAAUUUUCAACAUCAUCAAUUCAUAUUCUGAUAAAGUAGAAUUAAUCUUUCAUAAACCAGGAAAUAAAAUCAAUACCGACGUAUUGUUUGAUUGUAUUAAUCGAAAUCAAUUGAUUUGGAUCAAUGAUUGGGAUUUAUAUUGUAUCGCCACUACUUUCAAACGAAUCCUCAUGGAAUUACCAUCUCCUUUAAUCCCUACCAACCUGAUCCCAUUACCUAUAAAAGAUGAUUAUAAUUAUACGUUUGAAACGUUUCAUAAUCUUUUACAACAACAUGGUUCAAAUGAAUUAACACAAUCUUUUAAAUUAGUAUUGAUUCAAUUAUUUGAAUUGGGUCAUCAUUUAAUUCAUACUAAUAAAAUCACAAAUCAUACUUCAUUAUCAUUAUCAAAAAGUCUUAGUCAUUGUUUAAGUCAUGAAUUAAUCUCGUCCCAAAAUAAAGAUCAUAUUUUAAUAAUCAAUCGAUUCUUAAAGAAUGUAUUUGAUAAUUGGUCAAGAUUAAGAUUGACUUAUGUUAAUGAUCCAGGUUAUUUAACUGUUCAUGAAUCAAUCUUUGGUAAAACCAUAAUUGAAAAUAAUCAUCAUCAAAAUAAUAAUACCCUUCCUGAUGAUUCUUAUGAUUUAAGUUAUGAUAUCACUAUAGAAGAUACAGUAGGUUCAACCGAUGAUAAUGAAUUUAGAGUAUCUGUAAAUACAUCCAAUAUCUUAACCUUUAACUCAAAAUUAUCCAAAUCAACCUCCAAUAACACUACCAACAACAAUAACAAUAAUAAUGGUUCUUCUUCUAAUCGAGAAUUACUAUCAACCAUAAGAGAUUUAAACUUCUCUCAGAAUAAACUCUUAUCAUCCACAACAACAACAUCUUUAACUUCCAAAGUCUCAAAAGCAUUAAAUGACGUUUCAAACAUUGCAUUACAAUACCCUCCUCAAAAAUAUAAUUUUAUCGAUUCAAGUCCUCAAAAAAAAUCAAGAAAUAUAUCCCCUAUAGAAACCAUCCCUCCUCCAAAUAAUGUGAAGAGACCGGUUAUAAGAGGGAGAAAGGUUGGUCAAUUGGCGAAAUUGUUCGAAGAGAGAGCUCAUGGUUUGGAAUUAUUAAAAGGUUUAUAA